AUGAAUUGUCACCCAUCACCUGUGAAUAAUCGUUUUGCUCGAAAACGCCAGAAGGAUCUGGAUAAUUGGAAAGUAAAUAUAGCUAAGAGAAAGAGCAAAAGACGGCGUCUAGCUGAGUUUCCUGACGUAGAAGAAUGCUUACAAACCUGGUUCAAACAGUGUCGGGGCAAAAACAUAAGUGUAUCUAGGCCUAUCUUACGCGAAAAGGCAGAAGAAUUUUCAAAAUCACUGGGACACAGUUCUUUUCGUGCCAGCAACGGUUGGUUGGUGAAUUUCAAGAAGCGUCAUGAACUUGUGUUUAGGAAAGUUUGCGGCGAAAGUGCAAGCGUCAAUAACGAGAUAUGUGAUGAAUGGAUAAUUCAGUUGCAGAGUUUAUUGAAGGAUUAUGAACUAAAAGAUGUCUUUAAUGCCGACGAGAUUGGCCUUUUUUUCAAGUGCUUACCUGAUAAAACACUUAUUUUUAAAAAUGAAAAAUGUCAUGGCGGUAAGCACAGUAAAGAGCGAUUAACAAUAUUGCUAGCAACAAACAUGACAGGCUCUGAAAAACUUAAGCCAUUAGUUAUAGGAAAGGCUAAAAAGCCUCGUUGUUUUUCUGGUUGUAAAUCUCUACCACUAGACUAUGAUGCAAACAAGAAAGCAUGGAUGACAGCUGAUAUAUUCAAAGGAUGGCUCAUUAAAGUCGACAAGAAAAUGAUUAAGGAGAAACGAAAAAUAUUACUCUUCAUUAACAACUGUACAGCUCACCACUUAAUUCCGCCAUUAAAAGCCGUGAAAGUUAAAUUUUUUCCACCCAAUACAACAUCUAAGCUACAGCCCUUAGAUCAAGGAAUGAACAACAAAGAAGCUUCGGAAGAACCCCUUGAGCCGGACGUGAGUGUAGAGGCUGACUGGAAUAAACUUCAGAAUAUAGAAGUUCAAUUUGAAGAUUAUGUGACAUGUGAUGAAGGGCUAGCUACUACUGGAACGCUAACUGAUGCUGAAAUCAUCGACACAGUUAAUCAGAAUAUGGAUAAAAAUAACGAAGCGCGACAAACCAGGAUAGCUGCAAAUAAAGCUAGGGAUAGAAUUAAAAUAUGUUUC